CCCUGGGAAAGCAACAGCACCAGACCCAAGAUGGCAGCCAGCAGGAGGCUGAUGAAGGAGCUUGAAGAAAUCCGCAAAUGUGGAAUGAAAAACUUCCGUAACAUCCAGGUUGAUGAAGCUAAUUUACUGACUUGGCAAGGGCUUAUUGUUCCUGACAACCCUCCAUAUGAUAAGGGGGCCUUCAGAAUUGAAAUCAGCUUUCCAGCGGAGUACCCAUUCAAACCACCGACGAUCACAUUUAAAACAAAGAUCUAUCACCCCAACAUCGAUGAAAAGGGGCAGGUCUGCCUGCCAGUAAUUAGUGCUGAAAACUGGAAGCCAGCAACCAAAACCGACCAAGUAAUCCAGUCCCUCAUUGCACUGGUGAACGACCCCCAGACCGAACACCCCCUUCGGGCUGACCUAGCUGAAGAAUACUCUAAGGACCGUAAAAAAUUCUGUAAGAAUGCCGAAGAGUUUACAAAGAAAUAUGGAGAAAAGCGACCUGUGGACUAAAAUCUGCCGCGACUGAUUCCGGGGAGUGUGAGCAGAGACCCUGAGCAGCGCAUUCAGACACUCUGCCCAGC